AUGGGGAGGACGCGCCCGAAGAAACUCACUUCGAAGGCGUCCAUCCCCAUAGUCAGGGAGGAUCAAAUAGAUGCCAUCGAUGAGGAUGUCCAGUCCGCACUCCAACAGGUCGAGACUGGCGUUGAAAAGGCCGAAGAAUCGGAAUUCCAUCUUCAGGCUGCUAUCAAUGCCGUGGCCCUCGGUAAAAUCAGCGAGGCCAAUAUCCCCACGCCCGAAACCGUCCUGAGUAAUAUCAGAUAUGAUGAGCUCUAUCCUCCAACAUUCUCGCAGCCAGCGACGUACAUCCGGUUCUCUUCCACGGUGGAGGAUUGCUGCGGAUGUAUGUAUAACCUGGAUGAGGAAGAUGAUGUCUACCUCAAGAUCAUGAACGAGAAGAGAGAUCCAUCCACCCCGGCGUGCACAGAAGACCAAUUCGAAGAAGUGAUGUAUUUCUUUGAAGAGACCGCGCACACAAAACAACCUUUCGCAUCCGUAGACAGUCCUCCUGUGCUUUCAUACGCCGAGAUUGAGGACUCCUUCGAUGCCGCUGUAGACGAGCAUAUAAAGAGAUUUGCCAAGGACAUAUACGAACACUGGAAGAAGAGGAGAAUAAGCGUUGGAAAUCAUCCCCUGCAAAUAUCUCUCAAGUUCGAAACGGGCCAAGAAACCGAUGAUGGCGAUCCAUAUGUAUGUUUCCGUAGACGCGAAGUGCGACAGAUCCGCAAGACUCGUGGUAGGGAUGCGCAAAGUGCCGAGAAAUUGCGCAGGCUUCGCAAAGAAUUGGAGGAUGCGCGACAAUUGGUUGCUUUCGUGCGACAGCGUGAACUUGCAAGAAAAGAGAUGUUCAUCAUCGAAAAGCAAGUCUUCCAACAACGCGCGGAAGUAAAGGACAUGAAACGGAAACUCGGCAUCAAGGACGAUGAUGAGGAUCUCAUCAACCAGAAGCCCAAGAAGAAGCCCGUCGAUGUACCAGCGAUACAGCGUCCUGUACCGCCACCACAGCUUCGCAUAUCUCAGCGGCCUGGUGCUCAAACUGCCGAAGACUUGCAACUGUUGGAGGAAGUGCAAGCCGAGAAGGAGAACGAAAUCAUUCGCGAUAUCAAACUCAAUCUGCAAAAGCAUCUGAAAUGGAACGAAGGAUACGUCGAUCAUACAACAGCUCCACUGACGCCGUCUCCUAAGAGAACCUUUGAAGCUGCUUUCCGUCCUGCCAUCACAACUCAAUUGCCCACCCCUCCAUCUUCAGACGCAUCGGAUGCAAACGAUGCCGUUGCGCUAGACAAUCUGCACCCAUAUUUCCGUGAUCGUACCGCAACCUUUGAUAUGGAUGAUGAUACCACAAAGAUACCUUCUUUCAGAAGACGUGUAGGCCGAGGUGGUAGAGUGAUGAUAGAUCGUCGCAAUAUGGCCGCGAGACAUAGAGCAGACAUUGACCCUAUCAUACUUGACCGGUUCAAAUAUGAUGACGACGAGGAUGAGGAUGACGACAUAGUGUUUGAGCGAGACAAGUAUGAUAUUCAAGUCAUGCAGCAUCGUGCGAUCAUGGCCGCCAAAGCUCGAGAAGUCGCGCAGAUGCAGGCGCAAGCCCAGGCUCACGCGCAGGCUCAGGCUCAAGCGGCAGCACAAGCAGCGGCACAAGCUCAGGCCCAGACCCAAACCGCGCGCCAAAUGGCUGGAGAGCGCAAUGCACCACCAGGGGCGACAAUGGGCUCCAACCCUGGUCUGGGAGCAGUCACGAAUGUCUCGACCUAA